AUGGCUGACCCCGCGUUCCGGCCGGCGCUGGUGGUCGUUGACAUGCAAGAAGAUUUUUGCCCUCCGAACGGCUCCCUCGCCGUCGCCGAAGGACGUUCUAUUGCCCCCCUCAUCAACACUCUCCUAGCCCUGCCCAGCACCACGCUGCCCCUCAAGGUCGCCACCAAGGACUGGCACCCCCCAGACCACAUCUCCUUCGCCUCCAACCACACCUCGCCCCCUCGCCGUCCUUUCCUAGACACGGCUACCAUCAUCAACCCAUCCAACCCCUCCGAAUCCUACACCAGCCGUCUCUGGCCGGUGCACUGCGUCCAACACACCCCGGGCGCCGCCUUCAUCCCGGAACUAGACACCACCCACAUCACACACACCAUCGACAAAGGCACCGACCCUAAGGUAGAGAUGUACUCGGCCUUCUACCCGCCACUUCACAACCCACGUGUGGCAGACAGCGGUCUUGCUGACCUGUUGCGCGCCAACCGCACGACGCAUGUGUAUGUCGUCGGCCUGGCGGGGGAUUAUUGUGUGCGCAGCACGGCCGAGGAUGCGGUACGGGAAGGUUUCGUGGCGUAUGUGGUAGAGGAAGGUACCCGGUCGGUAGACCCGGGGCAAUGGGAGGCGUGUAAGAGCGAAAUGGAAGGGAUUGGGGUCAAGGUAGUGAAGUGGGAAGGGGAAGAAGUGAGGAGGCUGUUAAAAGGUACGGAGAAGAAUGGGACGACGUAG